GCUAAUGUCCUCUGGGUCACUUGUUCUGUAUGAAAGUGUUAUAUGACCUUCUAAGAGAAAUAGACACUGACAAAUAAUGAAGAUGAAGCAAAUACUGCUGCUGCUCUUAUCCCUGUGCUCUGUUUAUGGCCUCGUGAGGGUGCCACUGAUGAAGAUGUCCACUCUGAGGAGUCAUUUAAGAGCGACUAACCAGCUGAUGGACUUUCUGAAGGAACAUCAGGUGGAUGCUUUCUCUCGCCGAUAUGCCCACUGUUAUCCGUCUAGCUUAGAAUCUCUGAAACCAGGAAAAGCAGCGGAGAGACUCUUCAACUUCAUGGAUGCACAGUACUAUGGACAGAUCAGCCUGGGAACCCCAGAGCAGAACUUCACUGUGAUCUUUGACACUGGAUCUGCUGAUUUGUGGGUGCCUUCAUCUUACUGUGUCAGUCAAGCAUGUGCUACACAUCACAGGUUCAAGGCAGUGGAGUCGAGCACCUACAUUCAUGAUGGUCGAAUCUUUGGCAUUCACUAUGGCUCUGGACACCUACUGGGCGUGAUGGCUAAAGAUAAGCUGACGGUGGGCUCUAUGAUUCUGCCGGAUCAAAUGUUUGGGGAGUCAGUGUACGAGCCAGGCAUGGCCUUCGUCAUGACCAAGUUCGAUGGGGUUUUGGGCCUUAGUUAUCCAUUGCUGGGGGAGGAGCUGGGAGCACCUGUAUUUGACAACAUGAUGAAGCAGAACAAAGUGGAAAAGCCCAUGUUUUCCUUCUACCUCAGCAAGAAUGGCAGCAGUCUGGGAGGUGAACUGUUGCUGGGAGGUAUGGAUGAAGAGCUCUUUAUUCCUCCCAUUAACUGGCUCCCAGUCACUCUAAAAGGCUAUUGGCAGAUCAAAAUAGAUGCAGUCAUGGUUCAGGGAAGUGCUACCUUCUGUCACUCACACAGCUGCCAAGCGAUUGUUGACACGGGAACGACUCUCUUCACCGGGCCAACAGCGUACAUCCUGAUCCUUCAGCAGCUCAUUGGAGCUACACCUACUGCAAUAGGAGAGUAUCUGGUUGAUUGCUCCAGGAUCAGCAGUUUGCCUGUGGUGUCUUUUGUACUUAACAGAGUAGAGUAUGUCUUUUCUGCAGAUACAUACAUCCGCAGAGAUACAAUAAAUGGAAAAGAAAUUUGCAUAAGCGGCUUUCAAGGGACAGAUAUCUCGUCUCCAUUUGGACCUGUCUGGAUUCUUGGGGACAUUUUCCUCUCAGAGGUUUACAGUAUCUAUGACAGAGGUGAGGACCGGGUUGGCUUUGCUCAACUCUCUGACAAGGUCAAAAGUGUCUCCACUCAGUAGCAGUGGAUGUUGGGCUCCAUCGCUUCCUGGUUCUCAAGAGCAGAACACUGAAAUAUUUAAUCUUUAAAAUCAUUUCUUUGAAUGCAGUCAGUUUUUUCACAGCUUUGAAAGGCAAGGCGAUUGACAUUUGACAUUUUGUGAUGACUAAUAAAUGAAUAAUUAAACUUAUAUUUAA